AUGGCGUCGGUCGCAGACGGGGUUGAUGCCCUGCACGGCAUCGUCGACGAAGCGCUGCGGUCGGAAGACGGCCUUGUGGGGGAGCGCGCUGCAACUGCCAAGCUGGGGAGCGCGAGGGCAGGGGAGAUGUUGGCCGAGAUUAGAGAGGAGGAGAAGCACGUCGAGGAGGACGUCGCGGAGGGCAUCGCCGACGAGGUCGUGCUGCGUGGCUUCUGGGAGACGUUCGACGACUACGAGCGGGAGUUCAGCGGGUCCGUCCGCGACAACUUCCGGAAGGGGCACUCGGUGUACGAGGAGCUCCAGACUCUCUGGGGCAAGAUUCAAGGACCAAAUCCUCCGUCUGAAGAAGAGGUCGGCGCGGCGCUGGAGAAGAUCGACCUCGCCAGCGUGGGCGCCCCGCUGGGCGAGGGCCGCAUCCUGCCCGUGAACGACAUCGUCGAGGAGCUCGUCAUGGUCCCGAGAAUCCCGUACAAGGAGCUGGCGCAAUUGGAGAUGGAGUGGAAGACCGGCAAGUCGGACUCGGUGACCGUGCUGAGCAAGUUGCAGCAGAUGCACACUGCGGGGAAGGUGCCCUCCGGCUGGCUCAACCAGGGCGCCGUGCGCCAAGAGGACCGACUACGACGAGAUGGAGCACGACACGGGGGCCAUCCGCGCCCCGCCGCCCGCUGCUGCAGGGCCCACGCCGAUCGGAUCGACCCGGUUCGAUGUCAAUCCUGGCCGGCCCGAGCCGCUUCGAUUCCGAUGCUCGGAGGAGGACAGAGGACGUGCCCACACCGCUACCCUCCGCUCGCUUCGCCCCUGCGUGGGCCUCCUGGGAGGUCCUCGUCGUCACCGCUGGACUCGCCUCCCUGUCAGAGCGCACCAGGGGUGAGGUAUGGUGACUAGCGGGGUAAGGGUACCCCAGA